CAAUUUGAGAGAGUGAGUGGGAGAUGGGAUGGAAUGGGAGUUCUUUGGUUGGCCAUAUGAAAUUGAGAUGAGAUGAGAUGAGAGGUGAGGUAGGUAGGUGAAAAGCAAAAUCUGGAUCGGGUGGGUGUAAAAGGAAAGUAGAGCCCGACCCGAUAAUCCUUGUUUUGAUUUGAUUUGAUUUGAUUGACCCCACCCACUUCACUCAAGAAUUCAACCCAACCCAACAACCCACUCACAUUGCAAUAAUAAUAAUAAUAGGAUUAGGGAGGUGUAUCAACAAUUUCAACAUCCAUCUAUCUAUUCUAUUCUAUUCUAUACCAUUACCAUAAGGAAAAAAAAGUAAAAUAACCACUACUCUACAUUGCAUAUAUCACACCAACUAUCUAAUUUCCCCUUCACCAACUUUUUGAAUAUAAUUGUUUCCAUUUUCCAUCUAUACCCAUGACAUGUUUUCAUGAUCCCGAAAUUGCCCCUUACCAACAACAAUUGCGGGGCCGUGCGUAAUCCUUUGGUAUUAUAUUAUAAUAAUAAUAAUCCAUCCAACAAAACAAACAAUGAAGGAAGAAAGCAUAGGUUGUUUAUUAGUUUGUGUCUGACGGAAUUCCUUCCAAUAUUUCAACAAGUUAGAUACAUACAUAGAAUUCUCAUCUUCCUUCAAUUCAAUUCAAUUCAAUGGCAGCAACAGAACAAAAACAAGAAGAAAUAAUAUUCAGGUCUAAACUUCCAGACAUAUACAUCCCAAAACACCUACCACUUCAUUCUUAUUGCUUUGAAAAUCUCUCCCAAUUUGGUUCACGUCCAUGUCUCAUCAAUGCACCCACCGGAAAAGUAUACACCUACGACGACGUGGAAGUCACCUCUCGUAAAGUUGCCUCUGGUCUCAACAGAUUGGGAAUCCAACAGGGUGAUGUCAUCAUGAUCCUCCUCCCCAAUUCCCCUGAAUUUGUCUUCUCCUUUCUGGCCGCUUCUUAUCUCGGUGCCAUAGCCACAGCAGCCAAUCCUUUCUUCAUGGCUGCGGAGAUUGGAAAGCAAGCAAAAGCCUCCAAAGCCAAGUUGAUCAUAACACAGGCAUGUUACUACGACAAAGUCAAGGAAUUGUUGUCAUUGGAUGAUGAUAAUGAUCAUGAUGAUGUCAUCGUCAAUAAGAAUAAGAAGAAGUUGGUGCUCAUAGACUCUCUCCCUCCAUCUACAUCUACAUCAUCUACAGUUCAUUUCUCAACACUGAUCGAUGAUGAUGCUGAUCAUCAGGAGGAAUUACCGGAGGAUGUGAAGAUUGAACCUGACGAUGUGGUGGCGCUUCCAUAUUCAUCAGGAACAACGGGUCUACCAAAAGGGGUGAUGUUAACACACAAGGGAUUAGUGAGCAGCAUAGCGCAGCAGGUAGAUGGAGAGAAUCCAAAUCUAUAUUACAGCAGUGAAGAUGUGAUACUGUGUGUACUUCCUCUGUUUCACAUUUACUCUUUAAACUCUGUUUUGCUAUGUGGGUUAAGAGCCAAGGCUACUAUUCUUUUGAUGCCUAAAUUUGACAUAAAUGCUUUCUUGAGUCUUGUCAAUAAACAUGGAGUUACAGUUGCACCGGUAGUACCUCCGAUUGUUUUGGCGAUUGCAAAGUCACCGGAUCUUAACAAAUAUGAUCUGUCUUCAAUAAGGAUAUUGAAAUCAGGAGGUGCUCCACUUGGGAAAGAACUUGAAGACACUGUUAGAACCAAAUUUCCCAAAGCAAUACUUGGACAGGGAUACGGAAUGACUGAGGCAGGGCCAGUGUUAACGAUGAGCUUAGCAUUUGCAAAAGAAGCAGUGACUGUGAAACCAGGAGCAUGUGGAACAGUUGUAAGAAAUGCAGAGAUGAAGAUUGUGGAUCCUGAAACUGGUAAUUCAUUACCUAGAAACCAAUCUGGUGAAAUAUGCAUAAGAGGAGACCAGAUCAUGAAAGGUUAUCUAAAUGAUGUGGAGGCAACAGAGAGAACAAUAGACAAAGAAGGUUGGUUGCAUACAGGUGAUAUUGGGUAUAUUGACGAUGACGAUGAGUUAUUCAUUGUUGAUAGAUUGAAGGAAUUGAUCAAAUACAAAGGAUUUCAAGUUGCUCCAGCUGAACUUGAAGCUCUUCUUCUUUCACAUCCCAAAAUCUCUGAUGCUGCUGUUGUCCCAAUGAAGGAUGAGGCUGCUGGAGAGGUACCUGUUGCAUUUGUGGUGAGAUCAAAUGGUCACACUGACUUAACCGAGGAUGAAAUUAAGCAAUUUAUCUCCAAACAGGUGGUGUUUUACAAAAGAAUAAAUCGAGUAUUCUUCAUUGAUGCAAUUCCCAAGUCACCGUCAGGCAAAAUUUUGCGUAAGGAUCUCAGAGCAAAGUUAGCAGCAGAAGCUGUUUCAAAUUGAUGAUCACCUUCACAUCUUAUUUCUCAACCAUAUAUGUAUUAUAUGUUACAAGCUUGUGUGUUCUUCUCAUCUUAUUUUACAACUAUUCUGUAAAAUUAUUCAAUCUCAAUCCAACUUUCAUUUCUAUGA